AUGGAUCAACAUUCACUCAGCGAGGUUACUGACCUAGAGCGCGAAUUCAUGCAACGUGCUGCAGAAGAAGAUGCCCUUCAGCUUGCCGCAUUACAAGAACAAGUUUAUGGCAACCUAGCUGGCUAUGGCGCUACUCAAGAAGAAGCUCGUCAGCUUGCCGCACUACAGGAACAGGGUAACGAGGCUGGCUAUAUUGCUGCUCAAGAUGAAGCUCUUCAACGUGCUGCACUACAAGAACAAAUUCAAGGCAACCAGGCUGGCUAUGCUGCCGUUCAAGAAGAAGCUCUUCAGCUUGCCGCACAACAACAACAAGUCCACAGCAACCUAGUUGGCACUGGUGCUGGCCGGUAUCGCCAGUUAGGUCCCCACCUGUAUGGAGGCCGCGGGGGGUACCUUGACUUUGGCUCGGGCCAGAUAGCAGAACCAACGAGGCAGUCAGUGGGGGAUGGCGAGUUCCGCCAGGGAUUCUUGGUAGAAAACAUGGCAAGAUAUGUAGUAGAUCCUAGGGAAGGGUUCAGCCGUCCAAGGGGGUUAUCGAGCGCCCGGUGGACCGACACCAGUGCUCAGUUUCCGGCUACCGGAUUCACCUGUGACAUCUGCGGGGUUGUAACUCAGAAUGAGGCAUAUAGGUUACAACAUAACCGUAUUAUGCACGGACGAUUGUAUCCUUGA